GCACACGACCGCACACACAGGACCGCAGUGCUCGGGACGCGAUUAUACUUUUCCUUGGAUGGUGAAUGAAUCUCAUGAGUUACUCAAGAAUAAUUCAUGAAAACCGGAUGAAACAUGCAGAUAACCUCAUACGUAAACUUAACCAUUUCUAAAAAAUACCUGAAAUAACCAUCAUCAAAACCCUUAACUUAACCAUCCCUAACUUAAUACCGAAACGUAAGCAUCUCUAACCUAAUACAUAACGUAAACGUAACCGUAUAAACAGCUUAAAUCUAAAAUGUAUGAAUGUAUUGUUGACCUUCUCCUUCUGUUUGGAGAAAACAAUAAAAAAAAAUAAAAAAAAGCAGGGACCGGGGAGUGCGGUCCUGCGGCUGCAGGGUCCCGAUAGUGCGGUCCUGAAGUUGCAGCCUCCGGUACUGCAGGAACUGAGCAAAGGGCAGCAGAGCUCCUGGGCUCCAGUCAUAAUGUAGUGAGUACUGACAGCGUCGAAAACACCAUCAACACAGUCCCACCAGUCCACAAGAACCAACAGAUCCCUCAUCAGGGAGAUCUAAUGCAGUGGUGGCCAUGGCUUCCCACUCGACCUUCGCCCCUCCUAAACUGGCGGACUACAUCCUCACGGAGCGGCUGGGCAGCGGCACCUACGCCACGGUGUAUAAAGCCUACAGCAAGGGGGACAGCCGGGAAGCGGUGGCGGUGAAGGUGGUGUCGAAGAAGACGUUGAACAAGACGUCGAUGGAGAACCUCCUCACGGAGAUCGAGAUCCUGAAGACCGUGCGCCACCCUCACAUCGUCCAGCUGAAGGACUUCCAGUGGGACAGCGAGAACAUCUACCUGAUCCUGGAGUGGUGCUCCGGAGGAGACCUCUCGCGCUUCAUCCGCAGCAGGAGGCUGCUGCCUGAGAGGGUGGCUCAGCGCUUCCUGCAGCAGAUCGCCUGCGCCCUCCAGUACCUCCAUGGAAGGAACAUAUCCCACCUGGACCUUAAGCCCCAGAACAUCCUGCUGAGUGGUUCUGUACUCAAGCUGUCAGACUUUGGCUUCGCGGCGUACAUGUCCCCGUGGGACGAGCAGAGCGCCCUGCGGGGGUCCCCUCUCUACAUGGCCCCCGAGAUGGUGUGCCGGCGGCAGUACGACUCCCGGGUCGACCUGUGGUCCGUGGGCGUCAUCCUCUACGAGGCGCUGUUCGGCCGGGCCCCGUUCGCGUCCCGGUCCUACGCGGAGCUGGAGGAGAAGAUCCGCAGCGACCGGCCCAUCGAGCUCCCCCCGGGGGCCCGGGUGUCUGCGGACUGCCGGGACCUCCUGCUGAGGCUCCUGGAGAGGAACCCGGAGACCCGGAUCACCUUCACCCAGUUCUUCAGCCACGGCUUUGUGGACCUGGAGCACAUGGCCGGCCCAGACAGCCUGGGGAAGGCGAAGGAGCUGGUCCUGCGGGCCGUGGAGAAGGACCAGGGGGGGGAGCGGGCGGCGGCGCUGAGCCUCUACUGCAGCGCCCUGGAGCACUUCGUCCCCGCCGUCCACUAUGAGACGGACCGCUCGCGUAAGGAGACCCUGAGGCAGAAGGUCAGCCAGUACGCCUCCAGAGCAGAGGAGCUGAAGGCGCUGGUGGCGUCGGACAACCGGGAGCACUUUGAGGAGGCCCGGACGGCCAGGGACGUCCUGCGAGAGAUGUCCCGGGACAGACCACGGCUUCUGGCCGCCCUGGAGCUGGCCCGUGUCGCCAUAGCCAAGGAGGACAGUGGGUCUGAGGACCAGGAGGUACUGGACCUCUACCAGCACUGCCUGGGGGAGCUACUGCUGGCACUGGCAGCUGAAUCCCAGGGCCGCAGGCGGGAGCUGCUCCACAGUGAGAUCAAAAGCCUCAUGAACAGAGCGGAGUACCUCAAGGAGAAUAUCAAGAUGCAGGCGACCCAGAAGGCCGUGUCCCAGGACCGGGAGCCCCUGUCUGAGUCCGUCAGAAGCUCCUGCUGUCUGCAGUGACUCUCCAGACUCUCCAGACUCCAGGCUCCUCGUCUACAGACUCAAGGCCACCAGGCUCCAGUUUUUAGGCUCCAAGCUCCUGGCUUCAGGCUCCAGGCUCCUCGGCUACAGACUCAAGGCCACCAGGCUCCAGUUUUAAGGCUCCAGGCUCUAAGCUCGUGGCUCCAGACUCCACUGCUGCGAACCACCCACAGAAACAGCAGCAGAGCAGGCUGACACCCGGUAGCACGCCUCCCCUAAUUGGUCAGCCGGCCGCCCACCCAUCUCUCCCUGGACGUGUCUGGUGGUCGCUGCCUGGUUGUUGUGCUCGGCCAGAUGUUGGCUGAGGAGCCUCACUCUGAUCUGCACCGUGGAGAAACAACAGCUAAUCUGGUCUGAAAACAAAGGAGAAGUGGUUUCUGAGGAGCGGAUCACACAGUGGGUUCUGCCCAAUAGGGAUUGUGAAUUUUCGCCGUCAAUCUUCUUUUGAACUCUUCAAGCUGUCAAGACUACUACCAAAACACCGGAGAACUCGGUCUCACAUCGCAGUGUUUUUUUGUCGUUUUUUCUUUUACACAACAUGUUGACGUGUACCUUUCAAACAAGCAUGUCUGCAACAUCACACACUCUAUAUUGACUAACUGUGAAACAAAUAAUGUCAUAUUACAUUAUCCUUUUGCAUUACAUUGAGGCUUCACCAUGCAAACACACACGCACAAACAGAUGCUCUCACUUUCGCUCUCUCUGACAACUGAAUAAAAACGUUCAGGGUCUCUCUGUCUCUGUCUCUGUCUCUGUCUCUCUCUCUCUCUCUCUCUCUCUCUCUCUCUGUGUCUCUGUCUCUGUCUGUGUAGAUGCUCUAUCAGUCAUUGGUUUCCUGCUGUCUCUCGUCCUGCCCUCCCACUGACGGGUACUCCCCAACCCGCCACAGCCCCCCCCUGACGGUUCCUCCCCACCACUAAGAGGGGGUACCUGGAGAGACCGACCUGUGCCUUAUUUACCCUGGACAUGCGCUGGUUGCUGGGGUUUGGGUUUGGCAGCGGCCACACUCUGAGGCCCACAGCGAACAGGACGUCAGAGUGGAGGAGAGACGCUGCAGGUUGAAAUCCCUCGCCGGCAGUAUGGACGGAUUAACCCUCGGAUUAAUCCUGAACGGGAACUUUAAGUGUUGAUGUGAAACAAAGUCAAGAGAAGCGUUUGGUUCCCCUGCUUUCUGUGCUGCUGUGUUGCUCAUAUUCUAAUGAAUUAAAAGUGCUGUCUUCUUAUUUUGAAA